AUGCAAAUCAUGUGGGGAUUUUUUUUUGGAUAUGGGAACGGAACUUUUGAUACAUUAACAACAUUAUCUACCGGAAAUAACAGUCAACCUUAUGAAAUCACGGUAGCUAAUUUCAAUGGUGACAAUUACUUAGAUAUUGCUGUUACUAACGAAUACGGAAAUAAUGUUGGUGUGUUUCUUGGAAAGGGUAAUAGAACUUUUUCAGCACAAACAACCUUCGCUACUGGCUUUAGUAGUCACCCACAUUGGAUUGUUGCAGUUGAUUUUAACAAUGAUAGUUAUAUAGACAUCGCUGUCGUAAAUUUUGUUGAUAGAAAUAUUGGUGUAUUUAUUGGGCAUGGUAAUGGAACGUUUGAUGCACAACAAACGUAUUUUGCUGGAGGUUAUUAUUAUGUAAAUAGUUUCGCCAUUGGUGAUUUUAACAGUGACGGUCAUCUCGACGUUGCUGUUUCAUAUGUCUAUUCUUAUAAUAAUGCAGGUGGUCUGGGUAUAUUAUUCGGAUGUGGUAAUGGAACUUUGAAUGGAAGAAAGAUAUUUAACAUGGGAACUACAUCAGUAACGUCGAAAAUUACUGUCGGUGAUUUCAAUGGAGAUGGCCACUUGGACGUCGUUGUUUGUUCUGGAGAUCACCUUGGUUUAAAUGUUUUAGUUGGAGAUGGAAAUGGAGAUUUUGGAUUGCAAACGAUGGCUUGGAAUCAAUCACGUGGUUCUUGGGUUACACUCAAUGUCGGUGAUUUUAAUGGUGAUGGUUAUCAAGAUAUAGUUUAUACGGACGACUCUGGUAAUCUGUAUAUUUUUUUGAACACAGGACAAUGCUACCAAAAUAAGACUCUCGAGACAAGCACACGCGUCUAA